GGGCCUGCAGGAGCAGCUGGUCCUGGUCACACCCCGCUCAGGCUCACUGAGGCUGCCAUUCACGGGAGAAGGAGCUACUGGUGGCAGCUCCUUCUCCCGUGAGUAACUGAGGCAAGGAGUAAGUUGUCAGCACAGCAGAGGACUCAACCGCGGGAAGCAGCCCAGGUGAGGAACAUGCACGCACAUGCAGCCACCCCCGCAGGGCACCCUCCAGGUUGUCCGUGGCAACGGCACCUCUGUGGGGACUGUGAUCGUGUUCCACUGCCCCUCAGGCCACCAGAUGGUCGGGUCUGGCCUCCUCACCUGCGCCUGGAAGGGAAACAUCGCCGAGUGGUCUUCAGUGACCCCCGUGUGCAAAUCCGUGCCGCCCUACGAGACCUUCGGCUUCAAGGUGGCCGUGAUCGCCUCCAUUGUCAGCUGCGCCAUCAUCCUGCUCAUGUCCAUGGCCUUCCUCACCUGCUGCCUCCUGCGGUGCAUGAAGAGGAAUGAGUCGCCACCUGACAGGGCAACCCAGCUGUGGCUCCAGCUGAGGGCCGGGGACCUGGAGACAGUGCCCGCUGCCUACCUCGACCUCAGGGGUCUGAACAGCGGCGGCGGCAGCGGCGGUGGCGGGGAGCCCAGGGGCUGGCCUGGCCAGGCGCACGACAACUACAGUUUUACCACAGACCUGGGUGAGGGCACCCAAGAGCUGGCUGGCACGGCCCAUGGCGUGGACAAGGACCCCUGGACCUCUGGUUGUCCUGCCGGCUGCCCCUGGGCCCAGGCGAUGGUACACACAGCAGACCUGGGGCGCACACCGCCGGCCUCCUGGGCCCCAGCGGGAACGUCCCGACAGCACAUGGCCUAUGUCCCGGGGUGACUGGGGCAGAGUCCAGAGCCUGCCUGCCAUGCGGGGGGACCCGCCAACCCCACUGCCCAGCCACCCACCUCGACCUGCGUGUCCAGCUUGAGAUUGGUCAGCCUCCAGGUUUUGGGAGCCCUCGGGGAGCCGAGCUAGGGGCUCCGGCGGGGUGUCCUGUGCAGGGGAGCCCAGCUGGGCAGCUUCCAUAGAGGUACCCCCAGGUGAGCCCUAUGACCUGACUCCUUUGAAGACACUGAGGGUGUUUUGCGCCAGGAGCAGGGAAUGCUGGCACAGCUCUGUGGGAUGCCUUGUCUCUGUGCCUGGCCUGUGAACAGGGACCCAGCUGGGUGCCGCCUCUGCUCUCGGCCAAGUAGUCACGAGGGGACGGGGGUGUGAAAUAAACAGUUCUGAUCCUGGAAAAGGGAAGGUAAGACUCACUGUCUGAACUUUCAAUCUCUGUAACAAAACAUCAAGCAGGUUGACUCGAGGUGCAGAAGAGCUGCUGUCAUUCCUGCUCCAGGCACUGGGCUUGUGGCACCUCCACUGGGCAGUGGGUCAGCCAAUGGCUGGCUGGGCCACGAGGAGGCCAGCGGCUCAGGCAUCCGGCUGCUGCAGCUGUGGGCACAGACCUCGCCGGCAGUGGCCACGUCAGGUGCCCUGGGUCUCCCUGCACCCUGGUGGCCCGAGUCCAUGACGAGAGUCCUGAGGGCAAGCCUCCCCUUUCGGGGGCCUGGGACAUCAUUCCAGGCUGUGGCUGCUGCAUUCUACCUGAGGCAGAGGGCAGCUGGACUCCACACUGGGGAUCAGAGGACCGGGCAGGACCCCCAGCCCGCAGCCCCCAACUUGUUGGCAGUGUAGUGAGCAGCUUUCCAUGUCUUGCCCCAGCCCUGUCCCCGAGGUAAUGGACGUACAGUCCCAUUGUGUCCACACCCACCACGCAUAGCCCUAGAUGGUGCACCUGCUGGCAUGCAUCUUGUCUGCUCCAUCCAAGAUGACCUCCAUGACGGCUUGGCCAUGCCUCUGCCAGGCUCCUGGUGAGCCUUGGUCCCGCCCUCUGUGUCUCCCUCACCAGUAGUGCUGUGGAGCUUACGUCUGUCCUGGGCCAGUUAAGAUCCAACUCUAGUCUCCUGCACUUUGGGUAGGACCUGUGUGGCCAUUGGGAAAAGACCCUAGUUUGUCCUAUGACCUUCCCUGCAUCCUACCUAGAGCUCCUACAGCCACGCUGGGGCCAUGAGGAGUUCCGCAGAUGGUCCUAAGGAGUCCGUGCUGCCUCUGAAGCCAUGUUUGUC